GUUUCGUCCCACCCCAAACAGCUUCGCCGCGGCCGAGUAGUUAUAUCUGCCCCCGAGAAUCCCGCGCCCGCCCAGCAUGGCUUAAUUCGCAACUAUUUGAAUUGCUUUGCUCGCAUCAUUGCAAUCUGCCGCGUUAGAAAACGUGCGCCAACAUGCAAGCCCGAAGGCAGAUGGUUUUCUCGGCCCAGCGUCUAGCUGGGGCCACGACACGAUCCUCACGGCCCGUGGCACGACUAGUGGCCGGUCGAAUCUCACACGCGCCAUCUUUGCGGCUACUUCCGAGCCUGACGGUUCGCCACUACGCCAAUGGCCGACCGCGCCCCCCGGGAGGCACGCAUAGAAUGAACCUUGGCGAGGAGGAAGAGAAGCCGGCUCUUGAGCAGUUUGGCAUCGACCUUACCGCCAGGGCGAGGGACGGAAAGCUUGAUCCCGUGAUUGGAAGAGACGCGGAGAUCCAGCGGACGAUCCAGAUCCUCUCUCGACGGACGAAAAAUAACCCGGUACUCAUCGGAAACGCUGGAACGGGCAAGACGGCCAUUCUCGAGGGCCUCGCCCUGCGCAUCAUCCGCGGCGACGUUCCCGAGAGCGUAAAGAACAAAAGAGUUAUAAGCCUGGACCUCGGGUCGCUCAUUGCGGGUGCCAAGUUCCGCGGCGACUUCGAGGAACGCCUCAAGAAGGUCCUAGACGAGGUGCAAAAGGCCGAGGGCGAGGUGAUCCUCUUCAUCGACGAGCUGCACACCCUACUUGGCCUGGGCAAGGCUGAGGGCUCUAUCGAUGCCUCGAACCUCCUGAAACCCGCUUUGGCACGCGGCGAGCUCCAAUGCUGCGGCGCCACCACCCUUACCGAGUAUCGGCAGAUCGAAAAGGACGUCGCUCUUGCUCGGCGCUUCCAGCCCAUAAUUGUCAGCGAACCCUCCGUCGAAGAUACCGUCAGUAUCUUGAGAGGUAUCAAGGAUAAAUACGAGGUGCAUCAUGGUGUCCGAAUUACAGACGGGGCCUUGGUUGCCGCCGCCGCCCUCUCCAACAGGUACAUCACAGACCGCUUCCUCCCCGACAAGGCUAUCGACUUGAUGGACGAAGCCGCCAGCCACCUCAAGCUGCAGCACGAAUCCAAGCCAGAGGAUAUCAUGCGCCUAGACCACAAGAUCAUGACCAUCCAAAUUGAACUAGAAAGUUUGCGCAAAGAAAAGGAUGUCGCCAGCAGAGAGCGCCGCGAGAAGCUCGAAAAGGACCUGGAACAGUACAACAACGAGAUAGCGGAGCUCAAUGCCCGAUGGGACAAGGAGAGGUCGGAGAUUGAAUCGGUCAAGAAGGUGCAAGAGGACCUCGACAAGGCCCGGUUUGAGCUGGAGCAAGCACAGCGUGUGGGCAACUUUGGCCGCGCCUCGGAGCUCAGGUUUGGCGUCAUCCCAGACUUGGAAGCCAAGCUGCCGUCCGAUAAGGAGUCCCAGCAGGAGAAAGGUGACGAUGCGCUCGUUCACGACGCAGUUACAUCGGACGAUAUCGCCAACGUCGUUUCGCGCAUCACAGGCAUACCCGUGUCCAAGCUCACGUCGGGCCACAUCGAGAAGCUAGUGCACAUGGAGGACACGCUACGAGAAGCCGUCAAGGGACAAGAUGAGGCCAUUAAGGCUGUUUCAGACGCCGUGCGGCUUCAGCGCGCCGGCUUGAGCGGCGAGAAUCGACCUUUGGCGUCCUUCUUCUUCCUCGGCCCGACGGGCGUGGGCAAGACGGAGCUCUGCAAGAAGCUCGCCGGCUUCCUGUUCUCGACCGAGUCUGCCGUCGUCCGGUUCGACAUGUCCGAGUUCCAGGAGAAGCACACUAUCUCGCGUCUCAUCGGCGCUCCGUCCGGCUACGUCGGCUAUGAGGACGCGGGCCAGCUCACUGAGGCGGUCCGGCGCAAGCCGUACGCGGUGCUGCUCUUCGACGAGUUCGAGAAGGCGCACCGUGACAUCUCGGCCCUGCUGCUCCAGGUCCUUGAUGAGGGCUACCUGACGGACGCGCAGGGACACAAGGUCGACUUCAGGAACACAAUCAUUGUCCUAACGUCGAACCUCGGGGCCGACAUACUCGUCGGGCAGAACCACAUGCAUCCGUACAAGGAGAAUGCCGACGGGGAAAUCGACCCCUCGGUGCGCAAGGCUGUCAUGGACGUCGUCGCCGAGGCGUACCCGCCCGAGUUCCUCAACCGCAUCGACUCCUUCAUCGUCUUCAAGCGCCUCGCCCGCAGCGCCAUCCGCGACAUCGUCGACAUCCGCCUCAAGGAGCUCCAGCACCGCCUUGACGACAAGCGCAUCACUCUCGCCGUCCCCGACGACGUCAAGGACUGGCUCGCCGAGCGCGGCUACGAUCCCAAGUUUGGCGCCCGCCCGCUCAACCGUCUUAUCACCAACGAGAUUGGUAAUGGCCUCGCUGACAAGAUCAUCCGCGGCCAGCUCAAGAUGGGCCAAGCCGCCGAGGUCCGCAUCCGUGACGACAAGGAGGGCCUCGAGGUUAUCAACAUUUCCGAGGAGUGAGCGCUGAGGAACCCCGCACGCGCGUCCUUUUCUGUAUCAUCAACGGUGUUGAAUAUGCUGCUCUAUGUGCGUUUAUCGCGCGGAGUUGGUGAGAUCUUUUACAGGUUCAUUCAAUUCUUCUUGCACUCUUACGACAGACACGUACCCCGCGGAACAUCUUCAUGUACAUUAGCACAAACACGGGUGUAUCUAGCAUGCACAAACUCCGCUCCUUAUUGAUACCCGCAAGCUUGGAGCAACUUGAAUAAUAUACGAGACUCGUCUGAA